AUGCUAUUGAAUGUCGUAGCGCCUUCCUUCCUGCGAGUGAAGCCUAUCAGGCAUGGAAGCUAUAAUUAUAAAUAUGCUUCUACGGUAAUGCUGUUGACUCAAUCUCCCUUCAACACUUCUGCAUCUACAUUCAAUCAAUGGUCCAGAAAUUCAUUACGAAAACUGAGGAAGGCAAAUUUGGAAGCUUUAGCGAAGGAAAGAAAACUGCCUUCUAAAGGUACCAAAGAAGAAUUGAUAUCAAGGCUGUUAGGAUGGCAAGAAGCCCCACCGAAACUUUCAACACAGUCCACACUCACCGACCCAGUAAAAAAUGUGGCAGGGGGUUCGGCGUCAAAAACUCCAUCGGUUACCUCUAUCGCCGAUGACAUAACCUUUAAAACCAAGGAAGCUGGUUCUUCCAAAACGGAAGUAGAAAAUCCAGAAGAGCCACCAGUGAUUUCUACUUCUAAUUCAGUCAACGCCGUCACUGGCGAUCGCACAGAACAAUUGGAAAAACAUCCUGAACAAAAAAGUCAUAUCAGCAAAACGAGCUUCGUGAAGAUGAUGGCUGAUUAUGUUGACGAACAGUUACCUCCAAUGCAAAAUAGCAAUGUCGAUAUCAAUUAUGAGGAAAGUCAGGCUGACGAAACUCUGGUACCCGAGAACUGGAUCAAAGCUUUCGAAAUGAAAGUGCAUAAUAGAGGACACAAAGUGAACGGAAACAAAGCUACCAUGACGUUUAAGCGAAGAUCAGCAACUCAAGAUCAGCGUCCUUCCUCAAGCAAUUUGAAGCAAGUCUCUCCAACCAUCAUAGACGAUGAAAUUUCUGAAAUGGGAGCCGAUUUAGAAGCUGAAUUCGAUCGCCAAUGGGUCAAUGCGUUUGACAGAAAGGUCGCUCAAAGGGGCAGUAGGCGCAUUUUAGAGCUGAACGCCUCAGCAACCGAAAAGGAAAACAAUGAUAACCUAGAUAGCUCUUUGUCAUCCAUCAAUAUAUCAGAUGUUACAGCGGAAGGUUUACUGGAAUCAUCAAGAACAAAGCCAACUGACUGGCAAACACUCGAGAAAGACGCAAGUAACAUAAUACGAAAUUUAUGGGCAACACCCAUUUCCGAACUUUCAGUAUCUCAGCUUGUAGCUUCGACUCAGGAAAGCCAACCCAAUAAUGAAAAAGAAUCAAGCCAGAAGAGCCACGGUGGCGGCGAUGACGAAAGCCACCAUCAUGGUGAAAGCACUGGCAAUCACACCGUAUCUGCCGCACUGGGAGCAACCACACUUAUAUGGCUCAUUGGUGGAGAAGACGGUAUUAGUAGAGCGUAUGCCAAGCUGAAAUCAUCCAAAUCCGACGAUCCAAGUAGCGCAUAA